AUGAAGAAGAGAGUUUAUAGUUAGAAAGUUGCAUCAGGCAAGGAAAAUAAGGUUGAGGAUAACAAGGUUUUUGCUGUAGAUAAUGCAAAAAGUGCAAAAGUAUCGCGGAAAAUUAUGAAGCCAAGAGUAUCAGCUUCCAAAAACGCCCAAACACCCCAGGAGAAGUAGACGCCUAAGCUUAAACUUAACGAUGUCAUUGAUUUCUACUAAAAGGUAGUUGUGGUAUUUCAAUGUAAAGAGCAUAAAAUUAUUGCUAGAGACUAGGAGAAAAAAGAAAUUGAAGAGUUUCUAUUAGCCAACAUUCAAAAUAAGCAAUCUGGUUUUCUUUACUUAUGUGGUCAUCCUGGAACUGGGAAGACCUCACUACUUGUUUAGAUCUUAAAAGAUUUAACAUUUAAGAACCUUGAACUUGACUAUCUGAUAUUGAAUGCAAUGAGCUUUACAGAUCUCGACUGUCUUAUAGAAGAAAUAAGGUCUAGAUAUGCAUCCCAACUGAAAACUCACUAAUCUUUCAAUGAAGUCAUUCACACUUUUGAAGGUCUUAGCAAGCCUAAAGUAAAAGAUUCUAUUGAAGAUAAUAUAGUGAUCUUAAGCAAUCUUAUAUAGAAAUUCUCUUAGAUUUGCAAAAUCAAGCAUAUAAUUCUAGUAAUCGAUGAGAUCGAUGCUUUUUCUAAAGUAGCAUAGACUCAAGUCCACUUCAACAACCUUCUUAAAUUGCUCAUUCAUAAGGACAGAAUGAAUAUAUCAAUAGUAGGAAUAGCUAACUCAGUAGAGAUGUUUAAGGGUGAGUUGACGAUGACAAGUCAGUUUUAGAACUCUUAAAUGAUAUGCAAAAAUGAAAAGAAACUUAUAUUCCCACCUUAUGAUAAAGCCAAGAUAAUUACAAUUCUAAGCUAAUUAUACAGUAACUACAUCAAUGAACAAUAUUCUCCAUAGUCCAAGAGAGAUCAACUAAAAAGUUUAAUAGAUGCAAGGUCUUUUGAUAUAGCUGCAUCUAAAGUUGAUAAGCUUAGUGGAGAUUUAAGAUAAGCCUUUGCUAUAAUCCACAGAUGCAUAUUUGACAAACUCUAAAUCCUAAAAAAGCAGUCUGAUGAUUAGACUCUUAAUUUAGAAAUAAGCUAUGAUGAUGUGAAUACGACCAUAAUAUAGAUAUAUUAAUCUAAGACAGCAAAUAUCUUGAAGCAGGUUCCUCGCUCACAUAUUAUGCUUUUGAAUAUCAUUUAUGACUUGUUUAAUCAACAAAAUCUAGCUUAAGUUGACGAAGAAAAACUCUUAAGUGAGUACAAUAGAAAUUCAUAGUCAUUUAUGAUUGAAAGAAUAAGAAUGAGUGAGCUCCUUGAUAUGAUUGAAACUCUAAGCAACUUCAGCAUCAUAAGCAGAGUUGAUAAAAAGAGUGGCUAAGGUUCUAAAAAGAUUAAACUAGUUAGACUUAUUGUCAGUAUGGAGGAGCUUCAAUAAGCUUUGGAGUAUAGCUAGUCUAAGUUGUGA